AAUGUUGAACAACCGAAGAGCAUAAAUUUAGCAGGUUAUAUAAUAUACCUGCAAUUAGAGCUUUUAGUUCAAGAUUGUUCCAAACUUGUGAACCACCUUGGGGAGAGAGGGGUCAGUGACGAAUGAGGUCGGAUUCGACUACCAGAGCCAGAGGCCAUACAAAAAUUUAGGGUUUUGAGAAAGUUUCAAGUUUUACAGACAGAUAUAUAUAUAUACAUAUACAUAUAUAUAUAUAUAUAUUUAUAUAUAUAAUCGGCCCACACACACCGACUGCUAUACUGCUCCAGCCCUGGGGAGUGAAAGUUAUCAAUUCAGACACUGUUGUUGCGCCGAUUGGUUUCGGUACAUGUUCAGGAUGGAGAUUGAUUCUUCUCCAGAGGCUAAUACUCUUUCUGCUCGAGAUCGAAUCGUUCAGAGGCUUGCCCUACAAGGAGUUCAUCUGGAUAAUCUUGAGCAGCUCGAGCCAGGUCUAGUUUCGUUUCUUAAGGAUAACAAAUUCCGAAUACCGGAUCUGGUGUGUGCUAUCUUACCUACCGAUGAGGAAGCAAUUGAGCAUCCUCUGGAAGCUCAGUCAGGGUCUACGAAAGCUUUGGUGGGCCCAAAGCUUGAAGAUCAAUUACUUGAAAGCAUGGUUUGGUUGCAAUGGUUGAUGUUUGAGGGUGAGCCAGGUGUUGCACUGAAGAAGCUGGCUAACAUGAGUGUUGGUCAGCGUGGUGUCUGUGGGGCUGUUUGGGGAAACAAUGAUAUAGCUUACCGCUGCAGAACAUGUGAGCAUGACCCAACUUGUGCAAUUUGUGUUCCUUGUUUCCAGAAUGGAAACCACGAGGACCAUGAUUAUUCUAUCAUAUAUACGGGUGGUGGUUGCUGUGAUUGUGGGGAUGCGACUGCAUGGAAACGUGAGGGGUUUUGUUCGAAGCAUAAAGGCGCAGAACAGAUACAACCUCUUGCGGAUGAGUUUGCAAACUCUUUGGGGCCUGUUCUUGAUUCCCUUCUUAUUUGUUGGAAAAACAAGUUACUUUUUGCAGAAACUACUUCUCAAGGUAGUCCUAAAGUAGACGUUCAUGUUGCUGAGCUCAAAAAGAUUGCAGAUGAGCUAACAUCUGUAGUGGUGGAGAUGCUUUUAGAAUUCUGUACAUACAGUGAAAGUUUGCUCAGUUUUGUUUCUGGGAGGGUUUUCUCUUCAGUUGGUUUAUUGGACAUUCUGGUGAGGGCGGAGAGGUUCAUAAGAAAUGAGGUUGUUAAAAAACUCCAUGAAUUACUUUUGAAAUUGCUCAGUGAACCUGUGUUCAAAUAUGAGUUUGCAAAGGUGUUUCUUAGUUAUUAUCCAUCUAUUGUAAGCGAAGCGGUAAGAGAGUGUAAUGAUACUGUUUACAAGAAGUAUCCACUUGUAUCUACAUUCUCAGUGCAAAUUUUCACAGUGCCUACUCUAACCCCACGCCUUGUGAAGGAAAAUGAUCUUCUGGCCAUGCUGUUGGGUUGUCUGGAAGACAUUUUUAUUUCUUGUGCUGGAAAAGACGGUCGACUACAGGUAAAUAAGUGGGAAAAUUUGUUUGAUACAACUUAUCGUGUGGUUGAAGAUACUCGCUUUGUCAUGAGCCAUUUUGUAGUACCCAAAUAUGUCGCCCAUGAGCGGCGAGAUAUUUCACGUACUUGGAUGAGACUUUUGGGUUUUGUGCAAGGGAUGAAUCCUCAAAGGAGAGAAAUCGGUAUCCAUGUUGAAGAAGAAAAUGAUAACGUGCAUUUUCCUUUCAUUUUAUGUCGCUCAAUUGCAAAUAUUCAUUCUCUUUUGGUGAGUGGAGCAUUUUCUGUCAGUAGUUGUGAGGAGACACAUGACGGGAUCCCUUUCAACACAUACGAACAAGAUUCUGAUGACCAAGACAGCCUAAGACAUGCAAAAGUCGGGAGGCUUUCACAGGAAAGCUCUGUUAGUACAUCGGCUUCUGCAUCCAAGGUUGCCGAAGUAAAUUUUGACAAUCCUUUAAUUCCAUCCUCCAUUUUGUGGUUAACAUUUGAGUGCUUGAGGGCUAUUGAGAAUUGGUUCCAAGUAGAUGAUACAUUGGGGGCUCUUCUAAAUGUCUCAUCCCCCAAAACGACUAAUAUCUCUGGGAACAAUUUCUUUGCUCUGAAGAAAACGCUAUCUAAGAUUAGGAAGGGUAAAUCUCUCUUUAAGUCGUACAACGUACCUUCAGCAAACUGUAAACUUACAAGUUCAAGAGAAAUUCAAGUUAGACAGUGUUCUUCAACGGGUUAUAGUGGAUUUCAUAAAUGUGUUGACUUGGAGAGUGGACAAAGAGUGGGGCAGGAUACUCCCCAUUCAGGUUGUGAUGAUAAUGCAAUGGAAGGAGAAUGUGCCACUGAAUUAGAGGCAUUACACGUUCUGAGUUUGUCAGAUUGGCCAGAUAUAGUUUAUGAUGUUAGUUCACAGGACAUAUCUAUUCACAUUCCCUUACAUCGAUUACUUUCAUUGGUUUUACAAAAAGCCUUGAAAAGAUGUUUUUGUGAAUCUGCAUUGCCAAAUAUGUUUAAUGCUAGUUCAGAUGAUUCGCUGUCAGCUAUCUACCGUGACUUCUUUGGGCAUGUUCUAGGAGGGUGCCACCCCUAUGGUUUUUCAGCCUUGGCCAUGGAGCAUCCUCUACGGAUUAGGGUAUUCUGUGCUGAGGUUCAUGCUGGAAUGUGGCGAAAGAAUGGGGAUGCUGCCAUAAUAUCUUGUGAAUGGUAUCGUUCAGUUCGCUGGUCUGAACAGGGUCUGGAGCUCGAUCUGUUUAUGCUGCAGUGCUGUGCUGCCUUAGCUCCUCCCGAUCCUUAUGUCAACAGAAUUUUAGAACGUUUUGGGUUAUCAGAUUACAUUUCUCUGAAUCUUGAACGGUUUAGUGAGUAUGAAGCAGUUCUUGUGCAGGAAAUGCUCAAUCUUAUUAUACAAAUAGUAAAAGAAAGACGAUUUUGUGGACUAACUGCUGCUGAAUGUCUGCAACGGGAGUUAAUUUAUAAGCUAGCCAUUGGCGACGCUACUCGUAGUCAGUUGGUGAAAUCUCUUCCUCGUGACCUUUCUAAAAUCGAUCAGCUUCAGGAAGUUUUGGAGAAGAUAGCGGUGUAUUCUAAUCCAUCUGGCAUGAAUCAGGGUAUGUAUAAGCUGCGACCUGAAUAUUGGAAAGAAAUGGAUUUGUAUCAUCCUCGAUGGAACUCAAGGGAUCUACAAUUUGCUGAAGAAAGAUACUUGCGCUUUUGUAAUGCUUCUGCAUUGACGACUCAGCUUCCCAAAUGGACAAAUAUUUAUUGUCCUCUUAAUGGAUUAGCUAGAGUGGCUACUUGUAAAGUGGUCGUCCAAAUUAUCCGUGCAGUGCUAUUUUAUAAUGUUUUUACUGAGAAGUCCACUCCAUCACGUGCUCCUGAUGGGGUGGUUGUAACAGCAUUGCAUUUACUCUCACUAGCAUUAGACAUCUGUUUCCUGCGAAGGCAAUCUAGUGAUCAGUUAUGUAACGGUGGUGAUUCAAUUCCCAUUUUAGCUUUUGCUGGUGAAGAAAUAUGUCUAGGACUUGCUAAUAAGACUGGGGAUCAGAGCUUGUUGUCACUUCUUGUUUUACUGAUGAGGAUGCAAAAGGAAAAAGGAGACAACUUUAUGGAAGCUGGCAGUCUCAACCUUUCUCCUUUAAUUGAAAGUUUACUGAAGAAGUUUGCUGAGAUUGAUUCUGGAUGCAUGACCAAACUUCGAAAACUAGCCCCCGAAGUGGCCAGUAAUCUAUCAUCUUCUGAUCUGAAUAGCGGUUCAAAUAUUGUGGAGUCAGCUUCUGAUGGUGAUAAGCGCAAGGCAAAAGCUCGAGAGAGGCAAGCUGCCAUAAUGGAAAAAAUGAGAGCACAGCAGUCUAAGUUUUUGGCAAGCAUUAAUUCCGCUGAUGAUGAUGGGUUGGAUGGUUCAAAAUUUGGGCAAGAAACGUCUUCCUCUGAUGUUGGACCUGAUUCCACAGAGUCUACAGAAGAUGUUUGUUCUCUUUGCCAUGAUUCCAACUCAAGAAAUCCUGUAUCUUUUCUGAUCCUUCUCCAGAAAUCCAGACUUCUGAGUCUAGUUGACAGAGGUGCCCCAUCGUGGGACCAAGUUCGCGGGUUAGGCAAGGAUAUUCCCACAAGCACAAACAAUAUUAGUACUCCAUUUAGUGGGAGCACUGUCUCAAGUAGUUCAGAAAUGAUCUCUCCUUCUCAGUUAAAUCACUUGAUUCAGAGUGCGGUAAACGAGUUUGCUUCUAAUGGUCAGCCUAGGGAAGUCAAGGCUUUUCUAGAAUUCAUAAAAGUGCGGUUCCCUUCAGUGAGGAAUAUUCAACUGCCUUGCACAUCAAAUGAUACAAGAGAAAGACCUGCUUAUUCUCUUGAGAUGCUGGAAGAACAUAUGUACUUGUCUAUUCAGGAAAGAAUGCAUGAGAAUUUGUUUCAUUCAAAUUUUGUGAAGGAGGACGAAAAUUUUUCUAAACCUAAAGGGUAUCCGACAAAGAACGCAGAUGCUGAAGCUCUUUUACUUGCAAGAUAUAUAGCUGCUCUUUCAAAAGAGACAAUAGAGAGUCCUUCGGCUUCAGAAAAUUCCCAUACUCUGAAUGAUGAGGCUCUGCCAGAAUCUAGUUUGCCUUCUCUGACGUAUGAUGGUUUUGGUCCUUCAGAUUGCGAUGGAAUUCAUAUUUCUUCCUGUGGGCAUGCUGUACAUCAGGGGUGCCUUGAUCGUUAUUUAUCAUCACUGAAGGAAAGAUUAGUUCGAAGAAUGGUUUUUGAAGGAGGGCAUAUUGUGGAUCCGGAUAAGGGGGAAUUCCUCUGCCCUGUAUGCCGUGGACUUGCAAAUGCAGUCUUGCCUGCUUUACCUGGAGAUGCUGCAGGCCCUUUAAUCUCAUCAAACAGAGAAAUUGAUUUUCUUCGUCUUCAAGAAGCCUUGUCACUCCUCCAAAGUGCGUCUGAUGUGGUUGGGAGGGGUGAAAUCCUUAAAGCUUUUCCGAUGCAGCGAAAUGGUAGGAUAAGACUGAAUAUUGAAUCGGCGUUUCGUGUACUCUCUGGAAUGUAUUUUCCUGGAAAACAUGAUAAGGUUUCUGGAUCUGCAAGGGUAAGCCACUCGAUGAUCAUGUGGGACACUCUUAAGUACUCACUCAUAAGUACUGAAAUUGCCGCUCGCUGUGGAAAGACUUCCUUGACCCCAAACUAUAGCCUAGAGACCUUAUAUAAGGAACUCAAAUCUUCUAGUGGGUUCAUAUUAUCCUUGUUACUGAAAGUUUUAAGAAGCACGCGGACCAAGAACAAUCUUACUGUCCUUCUAAGGUUAAGAGGUAUUCAGCUCUUUGCAGAGUCUAUAUGUUCCGGUGUUUCUUUGGAUGAAUAUCCCAGCCGCUCAUGCAGACGAGGAGGUAACAUGCUAGGUAUCUUGAAAAAUGUAGAAACGGGAGUCACAUAUCCUGAUAUCCAAUUUUGGAGACGAGCUUCUGAUCCUGUUCUUUCUCAUGAUGCUUUCUCAUCAUUGAUGUGGGUGCUUUUUUCUCUUCCAUCGCCAUUUCUAUCAUGUGAAGAAUCCUUCUUAUCUAUUGUGCAUAUCUUCUACGUUGUCACAGCAGUUCAGACUAUAAUCACGUAUUGCAAAGGUCACCAAUGCAAUACAACUGAAUUAGGAUGUCAUGAUUGCCUGAUUACUGACGUCUAUAAAAUGAUGGGAGAAUGUGGAGUUGCUCAGCAAUAUUUUGUUUCCAACUAUAUCGAUCCUUCAUGUAAUAUAAAGGAUAUGAUUCGUCGCUUGAGCUUUCCUUAUUUGCGAAGAUGUGCGUUGUUGUGGAAAUUAAUUAACUCUUCCACCUCAGCACCAUUUAGUGAUGGAGCUCAAGUGUUGGAUAUAUCAUCUCAUGCCAUUGAUGAUAUGAUGGAAUGUGCCAAUGACCUUGAGAUUGAGCUUGUCGAAGUUGAACAGCUGGAGAAAAUGUUCAAGAUUCCCUCACUGGAUGUUGUUCUCAAGGAUGGUGUGCUACGUUCUUUAGUUUUUAAAUGGUUCCAUCAUUUUCUGAAAGAGUUUGAAGUUCAUAGCCUUCAAUGUGUUCUGCACUUGACUCCUGCAGUCCCGUUUAAGUUGAUGCAUUUGCCACAUCUUUACCAAGAUCUUUUGCAGAGGUAUAUAAAACAGGAUUGCCCCAACUGCGGAACUGUUCUGGAGGAACCUACAUUAUGUCUCCUGUGUGGUAAAUUGUGCACUCCAAAUUGGAAUAUAUGCUGCAGGGAAAGUGGCUGCCAGACUCAUGCAAUGGCCUGCGGUGCUGGUAUUGGUGUAUUCCUGUUGAUUAGGAAAACAACAAUCUUGCUUCAAAGAUCUGUACGUCAGGCACUUUGGCCUUCACCCUACUUGGAUGCGUUUGGUGAAGAGGAUAUUGAAAUGAACAGGGGGAAGCCUUUGUAUUUGAAUGAGGAACGCUAUGCAGCUCUAACUCAUAUGGUGGCUUCCCAUGGCCUUGAUAGAAGUUCUAAGGUUCUUCGCCAAACAACUAUUGGUUCUUUCUUCAUGCUUUAGUUUUAAUUCACAUUAAACUUUCGUGUGAAGGUAGCAUAGAAUUCUAAAUGAGAUUGGGUAUCUCAAAUGCGAAUAUUGUCCAGAUGUUGAUAUUUUUUAGUUUGUGGCUUAAACAAAACCGGAGUUGGUUGUGGUGUGAGUGAGAAUGUACAGAUCAUCCAGAGGCUCUGUAUCUGCCAUGAGUCAGAACAAACUUGUAACUGAGGAUUCGUCCACCGCCAACUUCAUGUUUACCCUAUUCUCCAGAUUUUACAGUUUUUUUGUUAUGUAUAAAGAAUUGUGGCUGCAAUAAGAAGAGUCCACCUAUUCUAUCAGAUGCAAAAUCAUAUUUAGUAAAUUAUCUUCUGAUUACCAAACAGCUGCCUCAAGUGUAUAGUCAUCCUGGGAUUUUAAAAUGCAUCAUUUUAUUUA